ACGGAGGGCGGCCCCGAGCGAGUGGAAAGAUUUGGGCAGGCAAGUGCGCGGGACCCGGGCGGUGGGGCGCGAGCGCGCAGGCGCGGCCGGAGGCCGGGCUGCGACUCCGGAAUCUCAGCGAGCCCCAGUCUGCGCCCCACUCUGAGUCGCCGCCAUGGCCGCCUAUAAGCUGGUGCUGAUCCGGCACGGCGAAAGCGCGUGGAACCUGGAGAACCGCUUCAGCGGCUGGUACGACGCCGACCUGAGCCCGGCGGGGCACGAGGAGGCGAAGCGCGGCGGGCAGGCACUGCGAGAUGCUGGCUAUGAGUUUGACAUCUGCUUCACCUCAGUGCAGAAGAGAGCAAUUCGGACCCUCUGGACAGUGCUGGAUGCCAUUGACCAAAUGUGGCUGCCAGUAGUGAGGACUUGGCGCCUCAAUGAGCGGCACUAUGGAGGUCUGACUGGCCUCAAUAAAGCAGAAACUGCUGCCAAGCAUGGCGAGGCCCAGGUUAAGAUCUGGAGGCGCUCCUAUGAUGUUCCACCACCUCCGAUGGAGCCCGACCAUCCCUUCUACAGCAACAUCAGUAAGGAUCGCAGGUAUGCAGACCUCACUGAAGAUCAGCUACCCUCCUGUGAGAGUCUGAAGGACACUAUUGCCAGAGCUCUGCCCUUUUGGAAUGAAGAAAUAGUUCCCCAGAUCAAGGAGGGGAAACGGGUAUUGAUUGCUGCCCAUGGCAACAGCCUCCGGGGCAUCGUCAAGCAUCUGGAGGGUCUCUCUGAAGAGGCUAUCAUGGAGCUGAACCUGCCAACUGGUAUUCCCAUGGUCUAUGAAUUGGACAAGAACUUGAAGCCCAUCAAGCCCAUGCAGUUCCUGGGGGAUGAAGAGACCGUGCGUAAAGCCAUGGAAGCUGUGGCUGCCCAGGGCAAGGCCAAGAAGUGAAGGCAGGCAGACUUCUUUCCCAAGGACACCCCCCUGCCCAUCCCAUUCCUCUGCACCUCUCCUCUGCACAUGCCACACUGACCACAUCUGUAGGCAUCCUAAGUUGUAGCUGCAGAUGGGGACUGGUGGUUCCCAAUUUCAUUUUAGCCAUUUUGUCUCUUGCACCCACUCCCUUCACACAAUCUAGUCAGAAUGGCACCUCUGGGGCAUGGGUCCUCAGUCCAAGCCGAGGGAAGACUCUUAGCCAAGGGAGUUGAGAGGUAGUAACUCUGGGGUUUUAGCUAGUGCUUUAUAAGGACCUGCUUAAGUAGGGGAUAGGGAGGAACCAUGCCAAGGUGUGACCAAUGAGGAGAAGCAAGAGAACCGAUUUGUGUUCCCAGGAGCCAGUCCUGUACUAUUCUGUAGUCAGGUGCCUACUUGGCGGGGGGGGCUCUAGUCAUUCCAGUGGAAAAUGAAUGUAACUUGCAUGGUGAUUAAAACAAACAUUUCCUCCCUGACCCCAGAGGAGCUGGCUCCAGAAGAUUGGGAUCAAUCCUGAAUGUUUCUGUGUUGCAUUUACUUUUACAAAAAAUAAAAGUAUAUAUAUAUAAAUAAUACAAAACAAAAACCCUUCUGGGGUUUCUAGUGGCGGUUGAAACAUUCCCACAUGUGUUCAUUAGAAUAUAACCAUUCCUCACACCAACAUGGGAUAAGCUCCUUGACUUCUAAGGUGUAGGAGUUCAUCCUGCUUUGUGUUUUAGAAUCCCUCCCCUGGCUUGUUUUAUGGCAGUGAAAUGCCUCUUGAUCAUGUCCAAGUGUGUCUUUCAUUGUGUCUGAUUUUUGAAUCAUGUUUCAGUUGGUUGGCUCUGCCACUUGGGCCCAGUACUCACUUUCAGCAUAACUAUACUAAAUCUUUUCUCCAGAUCAGUAUAAUAAAGGAGUGAUGUGCAAUA